CAAAGCACCGAAAGAAAGGGUCCUUGUCAGACGACAGUCUUAAGUGAGAAAAACAAGACAAGUUGAAUUUGAAACAUACUGUACAUACUUCCUACUGUGUCCCUUCUCUGAAUACUGUUGUGCCAAACACCCCUCAACCCAAAGACACAGAAGAAGAUAACUUCACAACAACAACAUAAGAGAUGGAGGGUACAAAAAGAUCACACGAAGCAGGUCCAUCUUCUGUCAUAAUUGACAAAACCAAACAACAAACCACUGAAAAAUCCACUCACACUUUUCAUGAUAGUAGUAGUGAUGACGAUGAAGAACAAAUCAUUGAUCAUAGUAAAAACAGUGUCUUUGUUCCUGGUCCUCUUCUUUCUCUCAAGGAACAGAUCGAAAAGGACAAGGAGGAUGAAAGUCUAAGGAGGUGGAAGGAGAAGCUCUUAGGUUGCUUAGAAAGUGAUUUAGAUGGUCAAUUGGAUCCUGAAGUAAAAUUCCACUCCAUUGGAAUUCUCUCUGAGGAUUUCGGUGAAAUCGUUACUCCUUUACCUGUGGAAGAAAAUCAGAACGGCCGUACGCUAUUCACUCUAAGGGAGGGAUCUCGCUAUCAGCUUAAGCUACAAUUUAGUGUUAUGCACAACCUUGUUUCUGGCUUGACUUACUCCAACACUGUGUGGAAAGGAGGGCUUCAAGUUGAUCAGAGCAAAGGAAUGUUGGGUACUUUUGCUCCCCAAAAGGAGCCAUAUGUAUAUGCCUUGAAAGAGGACACAACUCCCUCUGGUGCACUUGCAAGGGGUGUUUACUCGGCAAAACUUAAGUUUGAAGAUGAUGACAAAAGGUGUCAUAUGGAACUCAAAUAUUUGUUCGAGAUUAUAAAAAGCGGCUAGCCCCCCGGUUUUCUGACACUGCACAUUGUUUGUUAUGCAUGAUUGUAUCUUUUUUUUGUGAAAUUCUAGAUUCUAUUUUGAAGAUAUUUGUUUAUGAUGUUACUUUGUUUUCUUAUACACAAAAGAGGGUUACUUUGAUGUAAUUUAAACCAAUUUGUUUUCACAUAGUUUCAACAUUUAAGGAUGUUGUUUUUCUAAAGACAUUAUUCACAUUCAUUUGAUGCAAGUGAUAACAUUUAGGGGGGAAUGUCUUCUCACAAACAACCGCAUAGCUGUUAAAAAAAAAAGAGAUACAAUAUUGAUAACUGUUUAUUAUCUCAAA